CGAUUAAGGAUGACAAUGGGUGGAGCGGAGGCGGCGAGGAUUAAGGUCCAUGAGCUUCGCGGGAAGACGAAAACAGAGCUCCAGAAUCAGUUGAAGGAGCUGAAGAAUGAGCUUUCCCUCCUCCGUGUCGCUAAGGUGACCGGUGGCGCACCCAACAAGCUCUCGAAGAUAAAGGUGGUGAGACUGUCGAUCGCGCGUGUGCUGACUGUGAUCUCGCAGAAGCAGAAAGCUGCGUUGAGGGAGGCUUACAAGAAGAAGAAGCUCCUCCCUCUGGAUCUCCGCCCCAAGAAGACACGUGCCAUCCGCCGCCGGCUUACCAAGCAUCAGGUUGUUCCUUCUGCUUGGUGCAUUCCAGAUACCUGUUUACAGUCCUCAGACUAUUCCUUAUCGCUUGCAAAAAGGGGAAAAUUGAAAUUUAGAUUCAAAAGAUUUAAUAGUUAUAAGUUUGAGUUCUACUUUUUAGUACUAUAAUUGGGCAAGGAAGUAUUCUGUCUUUAUGAUUGGUAGAAAAGAAACUAGUGAGCCUAUUUUACUAUGUAUAACAUUAAAUAGUUCUUUGAUAUACUUCAUCUAAUAAAAAAAAUGUUUGUCAUGAUGACACAUUUUCUUUGGUUUUGUUA